UCUCCAACCGGAAGUGUCGGUGUCAGCGCCGGCGAAGAAGAAGAGCAAGAAAAAAAAACCCCGAUUGAGACGAAUUUUUUAACAAAGUUUGAGUUUCAGGAUUAAAGGUUUGAUCUUCACACCGCGCGCACGCCUGUUCACGCGGCUGCUGUGUCACAGAAUGGCUCCCACGAAUGUCCUUCGCGAGUUUUCAUCUGAAGCAGGAUGCACUUGUCCCCUGGAGUCCGAGCUGCGGUCGGUGCUGCAGCAGAGGAUCAUGGUCCUGGACGGCGGCAUGGGAACCAUGGUCCAGCAGCACAAACUGGAGGAGGAGCAUUUCAGGGGGGAAGAGUUUAAAGAGCACACACGUUCUCUGAAGGGCAACAACGACCUCCUCAGCAUCACACAGCCCGAUAUCGUUUAUAAAAUACACAAGGAUUACCUGCAGGCCGGCGCUGACAUCAUAGAGACCAACACGUUCAGCAGCACGUCCAUCGCUCAGGCGGACUACGGACUGGAGCACAUGGCGUAUCGUCUCAACAGAGCCAGUGCAGAGUUGGCCAGAAGAGCUGCUGACGAUUUCACCAAACAAACAGGUUGUAAACGGUACGUGGCCGGAGCCGUGGGUCCCACGAACAAAACCCUGUCUGUGUCUCCGUCUGUGGAGAGACCGGACUUCAGGAACAUCACGUUUGAUGACUUGGUGGAGUCGUACUCGGAGCAGGUCAGAGGUUUAUUAGACGGAGGAGCCGACGUCCUCCUGGUAGAAACCAUCUUUGACACCGCUAAUGCUAAGGCUGCCUUGUUCGCCAUCGAGCUGCUCUUUGAAAAAAGCUACGAAAGAAAACCUAUAUUUAUCUCGGGAACGAUUGUUGACCGCAGUGGACGGACUCUGUCUGGUCAGACUGGAGAGGCUUUUGUCGUGAGUGUGUCACACGCUAAACCUCUGUGUAUCGGUCUGAACUGUGCUUUAGGAGCGACAGAGAUGAGACCGUUCAUCGAGGCCAUCGGACAGAACACCACAGCUUUUAUCAUAUGUUAUCCUAACGCUGGUCUUCCUAACACAUUUGGAGGUUAUGAUGAAACUCCACAGGUCACAGCCUCCAGUUUAAAGGAGUUUGCGAGCAGUGGACUGGUGAACAUAGUGGGAGGCUGCUGUGGAACAACUCCAGCUCACAUCAGAGCGAUAUCUGAAGCAGUGAAACACCUGAAGCCCAGAGUUCCUGCUGCUGACGUCUAUCACGACUACAUGCUGCUUGCAGGUCUGGAGCCAUUCAGAAUUGGCCCGUACACAAACUUCGUGAACAUCGGUGAGCGGUGUAACGUCGCCGGGUCUCGCAAGUUUGCCAAGUUGGUCAUGGCGGGAAACUACGAGGAAGCUCUGAGCAUCGCGAAGACUCAGGUGGAGAUGGGAGCUCAGGUGCUGGACAUAAACGUGGACGAGGGGAUGCUGGAGGGGCCGGCGGCCAUGACCCGCUUCUGCAACUACGUCGCCUCCGAGCCGGACAUCGCCCGGGUCCCUCUGUGCAUCGACUCGUCCAACUUCGCCGUGAUAGAGGCAGGGCUUAAGUGCUGUCAGGGCAAGUGCAUCGUCAACAGCAUCAGUCUGAAGGAAGGGGAGGAGGACUUCCUGAGCCGCGCCACCACCGUGAAGCGCUAUGGCGCCGCCGUGGUUGUCAUGGCCUUCGACGAGGAGGGACAGGCCACGGACACUGAGCGUAAAGUGGAGAUCUGCAGUCGCGCCUACAAGCUGCUGGUCAGCAGGGUUGGGUUUGACCCCAACGACAUCAUCUUUGACCCCAAUGUCCUCACCAUCGGGACGGGCCUGGAGGAGCACAACGAGUAUGCGGUCAACUUCAUCAGAGCCACCAAACUCAUCAAGGAGACAUUACCUGGAGCCCGGGUGAGCGGAGGUCUGUCCAACUUGUCCUUCGCCUUCAGAGGCAUGGAGGCCAUCAGAGAAGCGAUGCAUGGAGCGUUCCUUUACCACGCCAUCAAGGACGGCAUGGACAUGGGCAUCGUAAACGCCGGGAACCUGCCGGUGUACGACGACAUCGACAAAGAGCUGCUGCUGCUGUGUGAGAACCUGAUCUGGAACAGAGACGCGGAGGCCACGGAUAAACUGCUGACCUACGCACAAAACAACGUGAAAGGAGCGAAGAAGGUGGUUCAGACGGACGAGUGGAGAGAGGGAAGUGUGGAGGAGAGGCUGGAGUACGCCCUCAUCAAGGGAAUAGAGAAGUACGUGGUGGAGGACGUAGAAGAGUGUCGCGCUCACGUCGACCGCUACACUCGACCGCUUCACAUCAUCGAGGGUCCGCUCAUGAACGGCAUGAAGGUGGUGGGAGAUCUGUUCGGAGCCGGCAAGAUGUUCCUGCCGCAGGUGAUAAAGUCAGCGCGUGUCAUGAAGAAGGCGGUGGGCCAUCUUAUCCCGUUCAUGGAGAAGGAGAGGGAGGAGAUGAUGGCGCUGUCCGGGUCGACCGAGGAGAUGGAUCCGUACCAGGGGACGAUCGUCCUGGCCACGGUGAAGGGAGACGUCCACGAUAUCGGCAAGAACAUCGUAGGUGUGGUGCUGGGAUGUAACAACUUCAGAGUGAUCGACCUGGGUGUGAUGGUUCCCUGUGAUCAGAUCCUCAGAGCGGCCGUCACUCACAGAGCAGACAUCAUCGGGCUGUCCGGCCUCAUCACUCCCUCCCUGGAAGAGAUGAUCCACGUGGCCAAAGAGAUGGAGAGGCUGGGGAUGACGAAGCCACUGCUGAUCGGAGGAGCCACCACGUCAAAGACUCACACAGCGGUGAAGAUCGCGCCGCGCUACAGUUGUCCCGCCGUCCAUGUCCUGGACGCGUCCAGGAGUGUGGUGGUGUGUUCUCAGCUGCUGGACGACGCAGCGAGGGACGAGUACUUCGAUGACCUGAAGGACGAGUACGAGGACGUCAGACAGGAUCACUACGACUCUCUGAAGGAUCGUCAUUAUCUGUCACUCUCUCAGGCCAGAGACAAAGCUUUAAAAAUAGACUGGUCCUCGCUGCCCAGACCAGUGCGUCCUCAGUUCCUCGGCACACGCGUGUUCGAGUGCUAUGACCUGAACAGUCUGCUGGACUUCAUCGACUGGAAGCCUUUCUUUGACGUGUGGCAGCUGAGAGGGAAAUACCCCAACAGAGGUUACCCCAAGAUCUUCAAAGACAAGACUGUUGGUUCGGAAGCGCGCCGAGUCUUCGACGACGCCCAGCAGCUGCUCAACCACAUGAUUGACAGCAGCAGUCUGAAGGGGCGGGGCCUGGUGGGAUUCUGGCGUGCCCAGAGCGACGGCGAUGACAUCCGAGUGUACAAAGACGACGAGGUCAAGGUGCACCGAGACACCAAACCCAUCGCCACGCUCCACGGCCUACGGCAGCAGGUGGAGAAGGACAGCUCCAGCUCAGAGCCGUACCUGUGCGUGUCCGACUUUGUGGCGCCUGUCGACAGCGGCGUGGAUGACUAUGUGGGCGUGUUCGCCGUGGGCGUGUUUGGAGCCGAGGAGCUGAGUCAGCAGUUUCAGGAGCAGGGAGACGAUUACAGCAGCAUCAUGGUCAAAGCUCUGGCCGACCGACUGGCCGAGGCGUUCGCUGAGGAGCUCCACGCCCGCGUGCGUAAGGAGCUGUGGGGCUACAGCGCAGACGAAGUCCUGCAGACCUCAGACCUCCACAGGGUUCGGUACCAGGGAAUCAGACCUGCGGCGGGUUACCCGAGCCAGCCCGACCACACUGAGAAGGCCACCAUGUGGAGUCUGGCCGGAGUCCAGGAGAAGACUGGUAUCAGUCUGACAGAAUCCCUGGCCAUGACUCCGGCCGCCUCCGUGUCCGGACUUUACUUCUCUCAUCCUCAGGCUUCGUACUUUGCUGUGGGAAAAAUCACCAAAGAGCAGGUGGAGGACUACGCUCGGAGGAAAGCGCUGAGUGUGGAGGAGACGCAGCGGUGGUUAGCGCCCGUGCUGGGCUACGACAGCGAGGAGUGAACGCGUCCCAGAGCGAGUUUGAUCACGACAAAAACAAACACAAAAGUUACAUUUUCAUUUCAAAUUUGAAACAAAUCUUCAAGAAUUCUCAACUUCUGCCACUAGGUGGACUACGUUCUAAGCUGCGUCAACACUAUGACGUCGUGUUUACGUUAAAAAAUACAAUCACGUCGUUAUUAAGCCGCAAAAUUUCAAAGUUCGAAUAAUCGAGCUAGCAUCUCAGUUUCAUUUCAGUGUGGGCGGGGUUAGAAUGAUGCGGUUUCCUGCAUUCACUUCCUGUAUGGAUUUUAUCGGAACUUGAUUAAAGCUGCGUUAACGCUUCGUUUCAGUUUUUGUCGUGGUUCUCGGAAAGUUCUGAAUCUACGCAAACAAACUGCGAAGACUCAUUCAAAUCAAUUUCUUACGUAAUGUAAGUUUUUGUCAUUUUUCAGAUAAAAACUUGGCGUGGAUGUAGCUUGAGUCACGAGGUUCGUAAACAUUGUACGUUAUUUAUUUGCUGCUCCCAUAAUGCCUUUUUUUUGCAUUUAUCAGUUGGAAAAAAAUCCAAAAAUAUCUUUUACGGUUAAAAAAACAAACUGUAUAACAAAGUUACUACUUCAAAAUGUUACGAACAAUUACAAAAAUAAAAUCCCUCGUAGAUGAAAUUACCUCUGAUUUUUAUCGCGUUUCUGUAGAGAAAAUGUUUUAAUUAUCUGUUAAAAAUCAUGUCACAGAAAAGGGAAAGAAAGCGCAACCACCGUUUCACUUAAGACUUUAUCGACAGUUAACGCAUUGACAUCGCUGAGAAUUGUAAGGACUAAAGCUAAUUUUUGCGAUUUUUGUUAAAAAUUCUCAAAAGGUUAAAUUUGGAUUAAAAUCAGGACAUUGAUUUAAGAAAUAAUCCCUGAUAUCAACAACACUAAGUAAAUAUGUAUAAAGUCUCUUUUGUCUUUAAAAAAAAAACCCUUAAAUUUGUCUAAGAGAAAGUUUACAUAAAAAAUGUUUUGUCUCUUUGUUACGGUUUUAUUGUUUUUCGUCUUUGUCGUCAUAGAAAAAACGCAAACACACGGUUAACUACGAUUAAUUCAUGACGUUUUCUGGAUCGUACAGAAAAAACAAAAACUUAAAAGGACUUAAGUGAGUUUCACGUGUUAAGAAAACGUUUGUUUUACUUUAUUUUUGUAAAAAAGUACGUAAAUAACGUUGCUGCUGCAGAGACUGUGAAACACUAACAACAAAAGUGUUUUAUGAAAAAAUAAAUAGUUUGAAUACA